AUGUACGUGUUUAAAAGAGAUGGUAGAAAAGAACCAGUACGCUUUGACAAAAUCACAGCUAGAGUACAAAGAUUAUGCUAUGGGUUAGACUCAAAUCACGUUGAACCUGUUGCUAUUACCCAAAAAGUCAUUGCUGGUGUAUACCAGGGGGUUACAACUAUUGAGUUAGACAAUUUGGCUGCUGAAACUGCUGCAACUAUGACCACCAUUCAUCCAGACUAUGCGGUUUUAGCUGCAAGAAUCGCGGUAUCUAACUUGCAUAAACAAACCAUCAAAUUGUAUUCCCAAGUUUCAAAAGACUUGUACGAGUACAUCAACCCAGAAACGAAUCUUCACGCGCCUAUGAUUUCAAAGGAAACUUAUGACAUUAUUCAAGAAAAUGCUGAUGAGUUAAACUCAGCAAUUGUUUAUGACCGUGAUUUCAACUACAAUUACUUUGGAUUCAAAACUUUGGAGAGAUCAUAUUUGUUACGUAUUAAUGGAAAAGUUGCUGAAAGACCACAACACUUGAUUAUGAGAGUUGCUAUUGGUAUCCAUGGAAGAGAUAUCCCAAGAGUUAUUGAGACUUACAAUUUGAUGUCUCAAAGAUACUUUACUCAUGGUUCUCCAUGUUUGUUCAAUGCCGGUACUCCAAAACCACAAAUGUCAUCUUGUUUCUUGGUUGCAAUGAAAGAAGAUUCUAUUGAAGGUAUUUAUGACACUUUAAAGACAUGUGCCUUGAUUUCAAAAAGUGCUGGUGGUAUUGGAUUGCAUAUCCACAACAUUCGUUCCACUGGUGCCUACAUCGCUGGUACCAACGGUACUUCAAAUGGUAUUAUUCCAAUGGUUCGUGUUUUCAACAACACUGCUCGUUAUGUGGAUCAAGGUGGUAACAAGAGACCAGGUGCUUUUGCUUUAUAUCUUGAACCAUGGCACGCUGAUAUCUUUGACUUCAUUGAAAUUAGAAAGAACCAUGGUAAGGAAGAAAUUAGAGCUAGAGACUUGUUCCCAGCUUUGUGGAUCCCAGAUUUGUUUAUGAAAAGAGUUGAGCAAAAUGGUGAUUGGACAUUGUUCUCUCCAAAUGAAGCUCCAAACUUGGCUGAUACUUAUGGUGACGAAUUUGUUGAGUUGUAUGAGAAAUACGAGAAAGAAGGUCGUGGUAGAAAGACAAUCAAAGCUCAAAAAUUGUGGUAUUCCAUCUUGGAGGCACAAACUGAGACUGGUACCCCAUUCAUGUUGUACAAGGAUGCUUGUAACACCAAGUCCAACCAAAAAAAUUUGGGUGUUAUUAAAUCUUCCAACUUGUGUUGUGAAAUUGUUGAAUAUUCGGCACCAGAUGAAGUUGCUGUUUGUAACUUGGCUUCGAUUGCUUUACCUUCUUUUAUUGAGCAGGAUGGUAAGCAUGCUUGGUACAACUUUGACAAGUUGCAUGACGUCACCAAAGUUGUUACACGUAAUUUGAAUAGAGUCAUUGAUCGAAACUACUACCCAGUUCCUGAAGCUGAGAGAUCAAACAUGAGACACAGACCAAUUGCCUUGGGUGUCCAAGGCUUGGCUGAUGCAUUUAUGGUUUUGAGAAUCGGAUUUGAUUCCCAAGAAGCUAGGGAAUUGAAUAUUCAAAUUUUUGAAACAAUCUAUCAUGCUGCUGUUGAAGCAUCAAUUGAAUUAGCGGCGGAAGAAGGUCCCUAUGAAACUUACCAAGGCUCACCAGCAUCGCAAGGUUUGUUGCAAUACGACUUGUGGAACAGAAAGCCAACUGAAUUGUGGGAUUGGGAUGAAUUGAAAGAAAAGCUUGCCAAACACGGUAUGAGAAACUCCUUGUUGGUGGCUCCAAUGCCUACUGCUUCUACAUCACAAAUUUUGGGUAACAAUGAAUGUUUCGAGCCAUACACUUCAAAUAUUUACUCUAGAAGAGUGUUGGCUGGUGAGUUUCAAAUUGUUAAUCCAUACUUGUUGAAAGAUUUGGUUGAUUUAGGAAUUUGGAAUGACGCUAUGAAGAGUAGCAUUAUUUCAAACAAUGGUUCCAUUCAAGCUUUGCCAAACAUUCCAGACGAAAUCAAGGCAUUGUACAAAACUGUUUGGGAAAUCUCGCAAAAGCACAUUAUUGAUAUGGCUUCUGAUAGAGCUGCAUUCAUCGACCAAUCACAAUCAUUAAACAUUCACAUCAAAGAUCCAACCAUGGGUAAAUUGACAAGCAUGCACUUUUAUGGAUGGAAGAAAGGAUUAAAGACAGGUAUGUACUACUUGAGGACGCAAGCUGCUUCUGCUGCUAUCCAGUUCACCAUUGAUAAAGCCAUUGCUGAAUCAGCUGGUUUGAAUGUUGCUUCUUUGCACAAAUUGAACAGACCAAAAUACUUGUCCAAGUCUAGAAAUGGAGUUGCAUCUAAUGAUAACUCUUUUGAAAAAAGCCCUUCGACUGAACCAACCUCUUUGGAGAACCUGGUUGCAGAAUUGAAAAUAGAAGACAAAUCAGAAAAACUGGAAGAUACGAAGAAUGAAGAGGGAGAAGCAGAACCUGUUGAUAAUAGAACCAUAGAGGAGAUUGAAAAUGAUAUUUACAGUGCAAAAGUAAUUGCCUGCGCAAUUGACAACCCUGAGUCAUGUACCAUGUGCUCCGGUUAA